AUGGCGUCAUCCACAGCACCACCGGUGGAUACCUCACUCCAAAUUAUUGGUUACGUGGCACUUCUUCUCUCAUGUUGUGCUUUCGGAACAAUGUUUGUUCCUUUGAAAAGGAGGAAUUCUAAAGAUGGAUUUUUUGUUCAGUGGAUUGAAUGUGGAGUGAUUUUUAUUGUGGGAUGCAUUUUCUAUGUGGCACGCGGCUUCCCGAAAUUCGAGCCUAUCGCAUGUAUCGGAGGUUUUUUGUAUGCAACUGGGAAUGUGUUCAGUGUUCCGAUUGUGGAAGGCAUUGGAAUGGGAGUGGGAUUUCUGAUCUGGACAAGUUUACAAAUUAUUGUUGGCUGGGGAGUAGCGAGAUUUGGACUUGGUCAAUGGAUCGCACCACAAAAUGUGAAGAACGAUGUGUUGAACUAUGUCGGCAUAUCUCUAACAAUUGUGAGUGGAGUUCUACUGAUUUUUGUGAAACAUGUUGAGCCGGAACCGGAGAACGAAUAUUCUGUGACAAGUAAAGAAAUGGAACAUCGAGAUGAAAUUGAACUGAGGACCAGUGACUCUGAACGUUCUUCAUUUGAUAUGACUGGAUUGGCGAAAAAAGUCCCAUUUAUCCUUAUGGCUAUGGUGCUUGCGUGUCUCCAUGGUCUCAUGAUGACUCCAAUUGAAUAUCUGAAACAGGAAAAUCCCCCAACUGAUAAUUUUCAAGUUUUCGACUACAUCUUUCCAUUCUACACAUCCGUAUUUCUUUUCUCAACGAUCUACUUUCUUUCCUACUGCGUACUCCUCCGUCGGAGAGCCUACGUGGAAAGGAAUCUGGUAAUCCCUUCAAUUGGAUACGGCCUGUUGUGGACAGCAGGAAUGACACUGUGGUUUGUCUCAAGUGACAAGUUAUCUCAAGUGGUUGCUUAUCCAUGUACUGCUCGUCUUCCACCAUUAAUCAGUGGAGCCCUUGAUGUUUUCGUAUUCAAGAGUAUUCAGGGAAGCCGAUCAUUCACAGUAUUGGCCAUUUCGUCAAUCGUUGGUGUUGUUUCAGUGAUACUGAUUGCUUUAUCCAAUCAAAUAUGA